AUGUCUGAUUCCCUAUCCACCUCAAGUAUGAGCAUUUCGACGGACAGAGGCUCCAGCUCUCCACCGCAUAUCAGUUCUCCGAAUGACCUGUCUUCCGUGGACACGGUCUUACCAUCGCACAGCAAUGGAGUUGGUCUUGCCAACCCCCAGCUUAGCGGUGGGAGAAGGAAAAUGCUGGAUCUUGUUAACAAACUCCACAGCACUGGCGUGCAAGUCGACAUAGACCUCCCUCAAAUUGCUGUCAUCGGUUCACAGAGCGCUGGAAAGUCGUCACUCAUAGAGUCUAUCUCUGGAAUUACCCUCCCUCGUGCUGCUGGUACCUGCACUCGUUGUCCGACAGAAUGCAGAUUGUCGCGUAGCGACUCUGCAUGGAAAUGCGUUGUCUCCCUAAGGUUUACCACCGACGCUAAUGGUCAACCCCUAGGCCAAGCCCGUAACGAGCCCUUCGGUGCCAUCAUCUACGACAAGUCCGAAGUCGAAGAUCGAAUCCGCAGAGCACAACGUGCCAUUCUCAACCCAACAAAGCCGGCGAAGUUUUUCCUGGAUGAUGAUCAAGAGGAGGAACUUCUGGAUUCUCAGCUGAGCUUUUCGCUGAAUGCUGUGACCCUGCAGAUCAGCGGCCCAGAUGUUGCCGAUCUUUCUUUCUGCGAUCUCCCAGGCCUCAUUGCCAGUGUCAGCAGCAGCAGCCGUGGAAGUGGUAAUGACAUUGCCCUGGUCGAAAGCCUUGUAACGACUUACAUCAAGAAGCCAAGCUGCAUUAUUCUCCUGACAGUUGCCUGCGAAACCGACUUUGAAAACCAAGGCGCGCACCGUCUAGCCAAACACUAUGAUCCAGAUGGAAAACGUACUAUAGGUGUCUUGACGAAGCCGGAUCGUAUUCCACUCGGAGAAGAGUCCAACUGGCUUCCAUUCAUCAGAAAUGAGAAGGAGACAUUGGAAAACAACUGGUUUUGUGUCAAACAGCCCUCGUCAAAUGACUUGAAACGCAACAUCACGUGGUCUGAAGCCCGUCAAAUGGAAAAUGAUUUCUUUUCAUCCAAAGCACCCUGGUGCGAGCUCGAAGGACUUUAUCAGAAGUACCUUCGCACAAGCAACCUUGUUGAACGGCUGAGCAACGUCCUAUCCGAUUUGAUUUCAAAAAGGCUGCCGCAAAUCCAAGAUGAGCUCGAGAAGUCGAUCAUAUUGACUCGUGGUCUGCUUUCCAAACUUCCCCCGGCCCCAUCCUCCAAUCCACGCAGCGAGAUUUUGGCCCUCUUACAUAAAUUUACCAGCGAUUUUUUACGCCAUGUCGAAGGAGUCUCCGAUGACCCAUCCACGUCCGGCACUGGCAUAGGCCUUAUGCAGGCUAUUCAUCCUGCCCAAGAACGAUUCAGGAGGGAGAUUCGUCGAACCUCUCCUAAUUUUAGGCCAUUCAAACGGAUUGAUGCGGCUACAAAACACCUUCCUGCUCCUGCAUUCCUUCGAAACGAGGAAGGGAACACAAGCGACGACAGUGGUAGUGGGGAUAGUAGUAAUGAGGUUUCAUGGGCGUCCCUGUGCAAGCGCAAGACUCCGGCGGACGACAUAAUCUAUGUCGAUGACGUAUUGGACAGAGCUCAACGGGCACGCACUCGAGAAUUGCCUGGACAUUACCCUUUUGUUGUUCAGAGGAUGUUUAUUGACAGCAUUGUCAAAGAGUGGCAGGCACCGGCUCAAAUCCUUUGCAAAAUUGUUCAUAAUAUUGUCUCGGACAAUAUCAAAGAUCUCAUCAAAGAGCAUUUUGGUGAAUUUGGACAGGGACAUUUGGAGCAGCGUGUCAGAACCAUCGUCCAGCAACAUCUGAAGCAAUGCCUCGAGCGUACCGAAGAGCGCAUUAUCUGGCUCAUCAAACUCGAAGAGCUACCAUUUUCUUUGAACACGCACUACCUCGCAGAUUAUCGUGCGAAGUUUCUUGCUCACUAUAAGAGCGCGCGCGAGAAGUACGAACAGCCGGAUGUCAUUGACUCCAUUACUCGAUAUAAAGUAAACCCAGUUCCAGUGUCUAGCUCCUCCAGACAUGCCACAGAACCCACAGGAAUUGCAAAAGCUCUAGCUGGAUUGGCCGAAGCAGGUUUGUCCGGGGUCGCCGCCCAUGACCUCGCCAAGUUGCUCCCGCCUGACCCAAUGGAACCCGCUUUGAACAUUAUGGCAGAUGUCAGGGCAUACUUCCAAGUUGCCUACAAACGCUUCACUGACAACGUUCCGCUUGCGAUCGACCUUGACCUUGUUCGUGGCGCUGAGCGAAACAUCCUCAGCGUCUUAUACUCUAAUCUUGGGAUCAACGGUGUAGAUGGACAUCGCAUCUGCAUGGAGAUGGCUCAGGAGAGUCCUCAGGUUGCUGACAGACGUGCAGACCUUCAAAAGAAGCUGGAAAGACUUGAAGUUGCUAGUGGGGAAUUGCUCUCUCUUGGUGUUUAA